AUGACGGUUAAGGAGUGUGAAGAACGGAUUCUACAGCUUGAGGGCUCCUUGGGAGAAGUACAUAGAGAGGUCUCAGCAAUCAAGGCUGGUUGUGAGAGCAUGUCAUCAAGACUUGGCGUUUUGGAGACACAGAUGACAGCAAUUGUUGAAACUCUUUCACGCAUCGAAGCUAUUACUUUCUCAGAUUGUGGUCGAGACAAAGGAAUCGCUUUGCCAUCAAUUUCUUUACCUCAGGUACCUAAUGCUCUUCCUCUGACUGAUGGGACUAUUAGAUCGAUAGGUUAUCGGAGAAUAGUUGGUGCUGUUGAGAAUCAAGAAAGUAUGUUAAAAACCGUGGAGAUGCAUGCGUUUGAUGGUCGUUUGCCGUAUGGUUGGAUUUCUAGAGCUGAAAGAUUUUUUAGAUUGGGAAAUUGUGAUACUGAUGAGGAGAAGCUAUACAUGGUUUCAUCAAGUUUCAGUGGUGAUGCUCUUAUUUGGUACAAGGAGGAAUUAGCCAAGAGUUACUUCAAGAAUUGGCCAGAAUUUAAAGACAGGUUGCUUGCUCGAUUUGCACUUGUCAAGCUUGAAUCUCUACCAGAAGUGGUUCGGAAGAAGACACCAUAUCUCCAGAUUGUUCAGCAGACAGAAUUGGUGCAGAAGUUUGAAUCACCAUCUAUAGAGGAAUUUCCUUUGAAAUCAGACUUGAAGGGCAAGGAAGUGUUGCUAAAAACGAAAUCAAUUCCAGAGCAUACUCAAGAGGAAGAAUUAAGUAGGGAGAUGCAGAAAAAAAUUCCCAAGGCAUGGAAAUGCAAGUACAAGACACACUGUAAAAGAAAGCUACGUCAUGGGACUGCUAGCUUCCGUGUUUGGCACCGUUGGAAAAACAAAUACUGGCUGCAAAGAGAAAGGGUUCUAAAUCUUGGUGAUUUAAGUCCAAAUACGACACAUGGACUAGAGGAUUGA